AUGCCUGUCCGACCACUCCCCCCCCGACUAUACGCCUGGACCCUCGCCAACGUUUUCGACCCGGCCUGCUCGCCAGCCGCCCGAGCAACCCGCCGCGAACCUCCGCCCAAGCCUCACCCCCAACCCCCGAUACACAUCCUCGGCGCAGGCAACAUCGGCAGGCUCUUCGCAAGCGGCCUGGCCCAACCCCCCGACGACCACCCGCCCAUCACUCUCGUCGUCCACAAACAGGACCUCUUGUCCCAGUGGGCGCGCAGCGACGGCGUCGAGCUCACCCGCGACGGCGUCACCACCAAGAACAAGCGUUUCCGCCUCGAGUGGUGGACCGACGCGCCCCCGCUGCGAGGCCCCAUCCGCGAAGUGGCCGGCGGCCAGAAGCUCCGCAGCCUCCUCAUCUCGACCAAGACCUCCGUUGCCCUGGCCGAGGUCGAUCGCCUCCGUCGCUACCUCGACGGCUCCUCCACCGUCGUCUUCGCCCAGAACGGCGUCUCCAGGCUGUGGCCCCCCCACGGGCCGGCCUACCUCGCCGAUCGCUAUCCCCCAAGCCGUGUGCCCAGCUUCUCGGCCUGCGUGGUCAACCACGGCGUCCUGUCUGCCGGCCCCUUCCAGAGUCUCCACGUCGCCCCGGCCGAUGCCGUCAUCGGCCAUGUCACCGGUCCCCCUCCCCCGGACUGCGACCCUCUCAUCAGCCGCAUCACCGCUGCGCCCCUGCUCAACACCAGAUCCGUCUCCCCCGGCCGUCUCUGGGUCCUGCAGCUGGAAAAGCUCGCCUUCAACGCCAUCAUCAACCCUUUGACGGCUUUGCUGCGAUGCAGAAACGGUCAUCUCUUCGUAACUCACGAUCCAAACGAUCCCCUGGUGCGAGUGAUUGACAGGUUGCUGGCCCAAGAGAGUGCCGUUUUCCAGAUGCUCAUAAAUCACCCCAGCAGCGCCCCUGUACUCGCCACAUAUGCCCAUCAAGCCCAAGAACCUUUUGCAGAGGACAACCAGCCCGACCCCGACCCUGGUAAAGUCGCCUCGUUGCAACGCGAGCUGACCAUGGAAUUCUCCCCGGAAAGUCUGAAACGCAAGUUGUAUUCCUUUGGUGAAAAAGUUGGCCAAAACCGCAGCUCCAUGCUUCAAGAUGUGGAAGCUGCCAAGAUCACCGAGAUCAGAGACCUCAACGGCUGGAUUGUCGACAUGGCAAGCACCUUGGAUGGUCGCUUGGAUGUGACAGCCCAUCAGGUUUUGAUACAAUUAGUAGAAAAGUCGCUCGUCCUGGACAAAGCCGAGCUAGCUAGUCGACUUCUAUAA